UUCUCUUUCUCUCUUCCCAAUUAUCUCUCUCUCUAGCGUCAACUCUUCAAUAAUUGCACUUCAACCCCUCCAAAACCCUUUUAUCACAAAACCUCUCGCUCUUCACUCCCAAUAUCUUCAUCCAGGCACUUCUUCUUCCUCUCCUCCCUCCGAUUUUCGGUUCCUCAUUUCCAUUCCACUCGGGAAUUUUCUCCGCUUCUUCUACUACUGCAGUUUUUUCCGAUUCCAGGUCUGUUUUGGUUCUAUCAAUCGAAAUCUAGGGUUUUGUUUGACGGAAGUAGUUAGACUAUAGGGGAAGAAGAGUUGAAGCUGUGACGGAGCUUUUUCUCUUCGAUGGAGGCCACCGCCGCCGCACGUGGUGCUCCGAUGCCGAUUUCGUCUCAACAGUCUCGGAAAGAGUGGCGCGCUGUUUCAGACCAUCAUUCGGUUCGAAACGUGGGCGAUGAGGAAUUGGAACGGUCAAAGUUAGGGCAAUCAGAUGAGAGAACCAUAUAUGAGGUGCAGCGGGGAAGAGAGCCUCUUGAUGUGGACUUCUGUUCAAUUACAAUCAAUGGAAGCUCGGACCAUGAUCUCUUGCAGCAGCGGCUUCAUGAUGUGUCAAGACAAAGAGAGGAAUUGCAACACAUGGAAACUGAGCUUCGAGCUCAAAUAAUUGCUAGAUCUGAAAUGAUUGAAAUGCAAAAUAGCUUUGAUGCCCAAAUUAAGGAGCAUUCUAGUGCUGCUGCCAAACUUCAGGAGCAACUGCGUGAAAGGGAUCAGACCAUACAUGAGCUGGAACUGAAACUGGAAGAUAAAGAAAGAGAAUUACAUGCUAUCAAAUUAGACAAUGAAGCGGCUUGGGCUAAAGAAGACCUUCUCAGAGAACAGAACAAAGAACUAGCGAGCUUCAGAAGAGAGCGGGAUCAUUCCGAAGCUGAAAGAGCACAACACAUUAAGAAGUUACAUGAGCUUCAAGAACAUAUUCAAGAAAAAGAUAGGCAGCUUAUGGAGUUGCAGGAACAGCAUAGGGUUGCUCAAGAAACUAAUCUUUAUAAGGAUGAUCGACUGAGAGAAGCCCAAGCAUGGAUUUCCCGUGUCCAGGAAGUGGAUGCGCUGCAGCAAGCUGAACUGAGAGAGCGCACAGAACAAUAUAAUCAGCUCUGGCUUGGUUGUCAAAGACAGUUUGCAGAGAUGGAGAGAGUUCAUAUGCAUUCAAUACAACAGCUUCAACUCGAGCUGGCUGAUGCAAGAGAAAGAAGUGGCACUUUCACUGAUGAAUCGCGUGUUUCUCAAGAUAAUUCAAAUGACGCAUCUCGAUAUGGUCAGAAUAAUGGAAACCAACUAGAGAUGAAUGGAGGUGGCUCAUCAGGUGGAAGCAACGUGGCCCUUUCAAAUGGAAAUUCUGACAAUGCUACAUCAUUUUCUUCAACCGGCAAUGCAUCAAGUCAGGUUGAUCACAUUGCUGGUGUUCCCAUUACUCCAUCAUCUUUACUUGGGAUGCCUUCCUACCUUCCACCUGGACAGUUGACUGCUAUACAUCCAUAUGUUAUGCAUCAACAAGGGGUUGCCCAUUCUGUCCAGCCACAUGUUCCUCAAUCUCAUGUUGGGCAUUUUCAUUCUGUUCCUGCAAUGUCAUCCCUGCAACAACAAUGGUCGAACCAACAGGCCGUAUCAGAAGGUGCACAAAUAUCUCCACAAAGUGAAAUUGCUCCAUCCCAAGCUGAUCAAAACCUUGUGAGAUCAGACGAAAAUUACAACUACAAGAUGUCUGUUAAUGGACAAGCUCUUCCUGCAGAUUAUUUGGAUGUUCACAUUGGUCAACAGGCAGAUCCUAACUCUGUAAUCUCAUCAUCUACUGGGGAACAACAGGUUCUCGAGUCAAUUGAUAGAGGUUAUCGGGUUGAUUCCCAAUCUGAGCAGGAACUGAGACAAAUUUCAUCUCAUUUUCAAGAUGUAUUACGCCUGGAGUCACUUCAGCAGGGCACUGAAACUAAGGCAAAUGAGCAAACUGUUAUGAAUGGUAUUGGUGGCUUAGAGGAACAAAUUUCAACCACAGUACAAUCCAAUUCAGCUGCCAAUACAUCAGAGGCACCAGUGAAUUUUGAGGAAACUGCAUUGAAUAAUUCUAAUGAUGUAGUAUUGCCUGAAGCUUUCGCCUCUGGUGGACAGACAAAGUCGCCAACUGUGGGAAGGACUGCAGAGGUUGUUCUUCUAGAUGAAAGAUCGCUGUUGGCUUGCAUAGUCCGUACAAUUCCAGCUGGUGGUAGAAUUCGGAUAAGUUCAACGUUGCCAAAUAGACUUGGAAAGAUGCUUGCACCUUUACACUGGCACGAUUACAAGAAAAAGCAUGGAAAGCUUGAUGAAUUUGUGGCCAGCCACCCUGAUUUAUUUGUGAUCGAGGGAGAUUUUAUUCAACUUCGUGAAGGAGCACAAAAGAUGGUAGCAGCCAAUGCAGCUGCUGCAAAAGUUGCUGCAGCUGCUGCUGCAUCGUCUCCUUACUCAUCGAGUAUGCCAUCUGUGGCUGUUACUCCAAUGGCACAGAACAGACAUAAAAAGCAGAAUCAGCAACCAAAUGGGGUGUAUUUUGGCGGAGCAUCUGAGGGCUUAACAAAUGUUAAAAUCUUAAGCAAACCUAUGGAUUCUCAGCUUUUGAAUGGAGCUAAUCUUGAACGAUCAACUAUGAGCGCUACCCAAAGCCUAGGAUCGAGUAAUGGCAGAUCUAGCUCAAACACUGGACUUAAGCAGCAGCAGCAGGGCAGGUCAACUGGUGCUGUAUUUCCCUCCAGAAGAUGAAGAGAAGAAGGCGCUGCGAAAUGCCGAACCGCCGAACCGCAUAGAUAAUGUUAUCAGAAAAUCUUGCACCAGAUUGGUGAUUGAAUGAAGCUAUAGUGGACGAUCACAAAAAUUUCUUUGCAACUCAUACAAUUGUCCGAUUGAAAUUGUGUGAUGAUUUUUCUUUCUUUGUUUGAUCUAUUUUUAUUUCAAUUUUUCUUUUGAGGAAAAGCCUUAGUUUCUCGUGCGUGUCUUUUUAUCAUCUAAUGAAUGCAACUCUAUUCUUAUCUGCGCACAAAGCAAGCAAUGUUCAUGGCUCUCCACUGCUUCUGUGCGUUUGAUAGCUUUUGGUGAAUUUUUACAUUUACUAUAACGAAAAAUUGUUCUCAUC